AUGGCAGAUAGUUCAAAGUCGACGGGAUUAGAAAAGCCGAUGGCCAACACCAAGAAUGAUCCGAAAAAAGAGUCGAAGAAAAAACGUAAACAAGGCAAAAAGUUUCGGGCAAAAUUCACCGAGGGCACCGAGGAAAAAAGCCAGGAAUGUCCCACUCUGGUUAGCGACGAACAAAACGUUGAAGGAAGUCACGACGUUUCUGAGGCAAAUGUCGAAAAAAGUAGCCAAAUGAGUGCAACGAACGAGGAGACGGAAAAGACCGCAGAGAAAGGUGAAGAUUCUAGUGCUAGUCACAGCGACCAAGCGACCGGAGCCGGCGCUGGUGAAACAGAACAGGAGAAUAAAACUAAAGAAAAAUCUACAAACAAGAACAAAGAAUCGAGUGGGGAACAGAGAAAGUCUAUUGUCGAACAAGUCAAACAGGAUCAGACUGAUGGAAGCAAGAAAAACAAGCGUUCGUCCUUCAUUUUACUCCGCUCGAAAAAAAAUUCUAAAAGCAGACCGGAGUCAUCCGCUGAAGUUAUUGACGCUGAGGACAUGACAGAUGAAACUGGAAUUUGGACUGGAGAAAGCGACAAAAUCACCAGACAUGAAUACGAAACAAUUGAAUUAAAAACGGACGGAAACGGUGAAAGUCAGAUCGAACAAGGUGCAAAACCCGAAGAAGUGAAAAGCAAGGAAGCAGAGAGUUCUCUCGAGGGAACGCAAGAAAAGUCGGUUGGUAAAGGCAACAAAAGCAAGAAAGUGAAACAUUUGCCAAGCUUUGGGCGUAACAAAAAGAAAGCGGUAAUUACAAACAAGAAUAAGGAUGUCGAAGUUCCUGAAAACGAAACUCAAGAGUCGAAAGACGAAGAUACAAAAGGGGAAGUUUCUGAGAAGGUCGUGAUCGAGUCAAAUGAGCCUGUUCUUGUUGACUUUGACUUGAAAGAACCGAGCGCUGUCGUUGAAGCAGCUGAAGUAGAGGGAGAGAAGAAAGAUGAAGAAACAACGAAGAAAAAGAAAUCGUUUCUCACCUUGAAGAGAAAUAAAAGCCAGGCAAAAAAGAGGAAGUUGGCGAAAGGUGAAGAUGAACCGAAAGCAAAGACCAAUGAAAGCGAGGUCGAUUCCGCCGGUAAACAAAAUGAAGAUGUCAGCGGCACGGAUGGUCAACAUGGAGAAGCAGAGGGUGCAAUUGAGACUGAAGAAAAUAACUCUGAAAAUAAAGAAGAAGAGCCAAGCGUAAAGGAAACAAAAGACGUAGAACCGCAGGCAAAGGAAACGUUAGAGGCGUACGGAACAGAAGAGGUGUCCGUUGACAAAGAAACCAGUUUCCCGGAAGGAAAAGAGGAGAAAGCUACAACAGUCGAAGGAACGGGACAAGAUUCAUCAAAUAAAAAUAAAAAACCAAGCAUUUUGCGCUCGUUUAGAAAGUUAAAAAAAUCGAAGCAAGGAAAGAAAAAGCAGCUUGAAAAGGAAGAAAAACAAGAGAAGAUUGAUCAAGAAGACGGUGGGGAGAAAGUCGGCAAAGAAGAUGCAACUGUAGAGAGUGGAGAGAUGGUCGACGGAAAAAACGAAGGACGUUCUGAUAAUGAAGAGGGAACACCCCAGGCAGUGAAGAGAAAGACAAGCGAUUUGAAGAAUAUUGGGCUUAGCCAAGCUCAGAAAAGAAAGAAGGAAGACGGGGAAAAUUUCGUUGAAGAUAUAUCAGAUGUUAAAGAAAGCAGUGAGCCUGUUGAGGAGGAGAAAGACUUGAAACAGCAAGAUCAGGAUAGAUCCGAAGAAACUGUCACUUCAAGAACCGAGGAAAAUGAAUUAAGUCCUCAACAAAAGGAAAAACUGUCGCAACAAAAGAACAAUGAACAAGAGCAAAUUGAAAACGAAGAAAGCGAAGAAGAGGAUGAAAAUCCACGCGUGUUUCCCGCGAGCGAUGACACGCGUGAUGAAGAGAUUUGGAAGGAAGCUCACGAACUGCGUAGUUCGCUAAUGAAAAUAGUCAAAGAUGUCAAAGAGAUGAAAGAAACCGAGGGAGAUGAUGAGAACGAGACACAAGUUGAGAAAACUGAAGUUGUCGAACUAAACACCGACAGCGAAGGUGCUUUAAUUGGAUCGCAAAUGGAGGCGGGUGAAAUUGAUGAAAACGAGGCUGAAACAUCUGCAGAAGGACAAGACGCAGAACAAGACUUUGACGAUAAAUCGUACGAAUCAGCCAUCACAGUCGUGUCCGUCGAGCAGUUGCCAAGUCAAGAAACAAAGAUCGUGCGCGAUGGUAUGCCACUCGACAAGGAAGGAGCAACUGCGCAAAUCGAGACUACACAAGUCACUGAUCCUGAAGUCGAACCAGUGGCAGAAAAUUCCGAAACUGGGACAUCGGACUUAAUCAAGGAGACAUCACGAAUAGAAAACACAACAGAACCAAAGACCGAAGAACCCAAAGAACACUCGGAGACCGAGACAUCACAAGUCACCGAGCAACCAAGCGAAGAAGAGAAACUUAAGAUUGACCCAUCUUUGGAUGUCGAAGAGGAAUCGUACGAUUCUGAUUCCACAAUCGUGUCGGUCAAGCAAAUGCAAAGUGAGGAACCACAAAUCGGAGAGGCAGUUUCACAGGCCGAGAAAAUAACGGAACCGAAGGCCGAAAAUCCUGAAGAUGUUUCGGAGCCCAAGAAAAANAAACUUAAGAUUGACCCAUCUUUGGAUGUCGAAGAGGAAUCGUACGAUUCUGAUUCCACAAUCGUGUCGGUCAAGCAAAUGCAAAGUGAGGAACCACAAAUCGGAGAGGCAGUUUCACAGGCCGAGAAAAUAACGGAACCGAAGGCCGAAAAUCCUGAAGAUGUUUCGGAGCCCAAGAAAAAACAGUUACAGGGAGAACAAACAUUAGAACUAAAGACUGAAGAAGCUGAAGAACAAAGAGAAACAGAAAUAUCAAAAGUCAGUGAGUCACCAAAGGAAGAAACCGAACAGCAGACAGCAGAACCCGAAGAUACCCCGCCAACCGACAAACCGCUGGACUCGGAAUCACAAGUUCAUCAAGCAAAUAAAGUUGAGACUUCAGACACUGAGGAAAUACGAGCCAUCGCCGAAGAAACAGUGCUGGAAAGCGAGGGUGACGGGCCAAAAUUCGCAAACAAGACCGAAUCAAAGGAUGUAGAUGCUGAAGAAAUGCAAGUCAGCAAGGAAGCCGACUCAAUGAAAGCCGAAGAUAACAAAGAACCGAAGACGGACACCGGAAAACCUCAAGUCAUCGAGCCAAAACUGCAACAAGAAGCCAGCUUGGACACGUCACCAGUUUCAAGGUCGCAGGCUGAACAAGAAACCGAGCGAAAGACUGAAGAUACCGAAGAGACACAAGCCAUUCAAGGAAUAUCUUCAGAAAGCGAAGUGGCGACAUCACGUGCCGAGUGUAAAGCCGAACCGAAGGAGGGAAGCACCGAAGGAAAACAAGCAAUCGACAAAGAGCCAGCCUCGGAGAAGGUGAAAUCGAAAGCAACCAAAACAAGCACGAAAAUGGAUAAACUGCUUCAAAGGCGUAUAGUGGAGAGUGUUUUAACAGAACCGGAAAAUGACGAGAAAAAUGCCGAUGAGGAGAUUGUCAUGGAGCUGACUGAGAAGAAAAGCAAGAAAGACAAGAAAUGCGAAAAGGAGACCUGGGUCAUGGUACAGCACUUUGAAAUGACCGAUGAUUAUCGAGCUGUCAACCCAGUGUACGAGUGUGAGUUACGGAAGUUUUCUUGGUGGUGGACAACAUGCUAA